AUGUACACUCUAGGGCAGCCGACUUUGUUGGCAGCUGCUGUGGCUUUACUUGAUUUUCUUCCUGGUUCAUUUUGUGUUCGUCUGAGCCUAUCUCCGGUUGCCUACGACUACAAUCAAUCAUUGUCUCCUACAUAUGACAACGAUUGGGAAUUAGUUGGAAAUGCGGCUCCCUUUGAGGACCCCUCGAGCUUCUCUGAGAGUUCACCGACCGAAAUAAAAGAAAAAGAAGGUUUACAAGGGAGGGAUUUGCUUGCCAAUAGGGCUUUGAAACCCUUGGGCUCUCCCUCUAGCAACUCCCGAGACAGCGAAGAAAUCGCGGAGGGGAGCUUAGCUCAACUGCAACAAAAUACGGGCGCAACACCAGACCUGGAUAAAUACAGCGAUCUCCAAGCAUCGGAAAAUGGCGAAGCAAAUAGCAAGGGGGGUUUCUUGCAAUUUGACCGACUUCGCAAAUGGUGGAGGCAGAAACGGGAGCAAAGGGCUCGUGCAAACGAAGCAGACAGGCUGAGGGAGCGUGAACAAGAGAGAAAAAGAAAGCGUAGGCGAGAAAGAAGAAAAGCAAGAGGGGAACAAGUUUCAGAGAGCGAAUCGGAAGAAUCAGAAGGGGAAAAGUACUGGACAGGUAGUGGAUCGGAGUCCUUGUUGGGCGGAGAAUCAGGCGACGAAUCCUCUGGCGAAACCUCCCCUCCUCCAUGA